AUGGAGGACCAGGCUGACGACGCCUCCAAGACGGAUGCCUACACCACAGCCAAGCCUUCCAAAUUCCACUUCAAAUCCUCGUCAUCACGCCGCAAAACGCGCCACGACCGUGAAACUUCCUCCCAAGACAAAGAGGAGCGAUCCUCGAAGCGUCAGAGGUCGGAAGACGACGACGGUGCAAGGCGCAGUCGCCACGACUCUCGGCGCAAACACAAGCAUCGACAUCGCGAAGACCGCCAUCCCACAUCAACUUUUGACGGCGACUACUACGACCCGGAUCAUCGGUACCGCGAGUCACUCUUCGAUCAUGUGGAUACCAACGAGAACGAGGUUUUUCGCGAGUCUCUUUUCGACGCCCUUGCCGACGACGAAGGCGCCGCGUACUGGGAAGGCGUCUACGGGCAGCCCAUCAACAUCUACCCCACUGAGAAGCCCGGUUCAGAUGGAAAACUGGAGCGUAUGACCGAGGACGAAUAUGCAGAUUUUGUGCGCACCAAAAUGUGGGAGAAGAGCCACCAGCAUAUUGUCGAGGAGCGUGAAGCCAGGGAGAAAGCGCGACAGGAAAGGAAGAAACAACGCUCUAAGUAUGACGAGGAAGCAGGGAGAGGGGAAAAGGAGAGGGAAGGCAUCAGGCGGCAGAUGGAGGAGAGUUUACGGAGGGGCGAGGAAAGGAAGAGGGCGAAGCAGGCAGCAGCAGCAUGGGAGACCUACAACACCAAGUGGGACUAUCUAAGCCGCGCAGAGAACACAGCCGAGACUGAGGAUACCAAGAUCAGGGAGCUGAUACCAUGGCCGGUUCUUUCUGGCAACUCAAAGCAUGUCGACAAGGAAGAGAUUGAGCGCUUCCUACGAGCUUCGUUGGCUUGGAAGGAAGACUCGAGUGCCCUGCUCAAGACUGAAAGAGUGCGCUGGCACCCAGAUAAGAUGCAGCGGCGUUUUGGACAGCACAUUGACGAGGAGACGAUCCGGACUGUGACUGCGGUUUUCCAAAUCAUCGAUCAGAUGUGGAAUGCUCUGAGAUGA